AUGGCUAGGGCAGUGGACAUCAGUUGUCCUCCACACUUUGAUACAAAUGGCGACGUUACUAGUCUAGGCACCCGCUGGAAGAGGUGGAGAAAUGGGUUUGACCUGUAUUUAGUAGCUGCAGGUAUUACCGAUAACACCCAGAAAAAAGCUCUUCUGUUACACUGUGCGGGUGAAGAUUUACGUGAACUUUUUGACACGUUACCUGAGCCAGAGGCCGCAGAUGGCCAAAACGAUUAUGUUAAAGCAUGUACUGCAUUAGAUAAAUAUUUUCUUCCGAAGAAAAACAAACGCUACGAACGUCAUGUAUUUCGUACAUGUGCCCAAAAGGAGUCAGAAUCUAUCUCACAAUAUGUCACACGUUUGCGAACACUGGCGAAAACAUGUGAGUUCAGAGACAUAGAUGACGAGAUAGUUGAUCAAGUUAUUGAAAAAUGUACAUCACGUAAACUCCGAAAACGCCUUUUAAAGGAGAGUGAGUUAACUUUGGUAAAACUAUGCGACAUUGCAACAAUAAUGGAAGCUGCUGAUCACCAAGUGGCACAGUAUACCAAAUCGACCCUUAGUCGCAACCAAGAAGAUGAAGAUUCUGAGCGAGAUGAUGUAAAUUUUAUCUCAAGAAAGAUAAAACGCACCGGUCUAAGAAAAAGUGGAAUUGCUAAAACACCACCUACAAUUCACACAGGACCGUCACAGAAUAAUCAACCGUACUGUUACCGGUGUGGUAAAAAAGAUCAUCGUGCAGACAAAUGCAUUGUUACAAAAGGAAAGUCUUGUCAAAAAUGCGGAAUACAGGGACAUUUUAGCAAUGUAUGUCGAUCAACUAAGGCAACUGUUCGCUAUGUCACUGCUGAUACCUCCUCCUCGGAUGAUGAUUUUGUGUUAGCCAUCGACAAUGACCCUAACUGUCCCAACCAUAAAAAUUCCAUGUACCCAGUAGAUGUAGAUGGACAACGUGUCAAUGUGCUCAUAGACAGUGGAAGUACCAUCAAUGUAAUCAGCAAAAGCACCCUUAGUGCACUAAAAUUAAAGUCACCUAUCCUUCCAUACCACAAGAAAGUUUUUGCUUUUGGUGCGUCGUCACCGCUCAAAGUUAAUGGCUGCAUAUGGGUUGUCGUUGGUGCUGGAGAGAAAGUCGUGUCUACCAGAUUUGUUGUUGUACCACAAUCUUCUGUCACCAUAUUGGGUGUGGAAACUGCUUGCAAAUUGGACCUACUCCGAGUUGGCCCAGGUGGAACCAUGAACGACAAGGUGAACCACAUCUCUACCUCCGAGGACGGUGUAUUAAAACAACUGCUUUGCAAUUAUGGUGACAGGUUUGAGGGCCUUGGAAAACUGAAAGAUGUCAACCUCAAAAUCCAAAUAGAUCCCACGGUAACUCCAGUUGCACAGAAAGCCAGACGUCUACCGAUCCUAAUGCAGCAACAACUGGACAUGGAAUUAGAAAAACUCUUAGAACUCGGUGUCAUCGAGCCCAUAGAAUCACCACCAUCAUGUGUUAAUCCCCUUGUGAUCGUACCUAAGAAAACACCUUCUGAUGGCAUACGUAUGUGUGUUGACAUGCGUGUUGCAAACACCGCAGUCAUAAGAGAACCGUAUCAGAUACCAACUCUGGAAGAAGUGCUGCAUGAGUUCAAUGGGUGCACAGUGUUCACAAAGCUGGACCUGAACAAGGGAUACCACCAAAUUGCUCUAGACGAGGCUAGCAGAGACCUUACGGCCCUUGCAACACACCGUGGUAUAUUCAGAUUCACAAGGCUGAUAUAUGGAAUCGCCUCUGCCGCUGAACAGUAUCAACGAGAAUUGGAACUUGCACUAUCAGGACUAUCUAAAGUACGUAACAUCUCAGAUGAUAUCAUUAUUGGUGGCACUAGUAAUCAAGAUCUACUGGAUCGCAUGCAAUGCGUAUUUGAGCGUCUCCGAGAGAAAAAUCUCACAGUAAACCUAAAGAAAUGCGAGUUUCUGAAGACUGAGCUUAUCUACAUGGGUCACAAGUUGUCAAAAGAUGGAAUUGCACCGGAUGAGAGGAAAGUUAGAGCUAUAGCUGACCUCAAACCACCAACUAAUGUGAAAGAAUUGCAAUCCAAUCUCGGCAUGGUGACAUACUGCUCCAAAUUCUUACCAAACUUCUCAACUGUGACUGCACCAUUGCGUCAACUACUCAGCAAAGACACCAAAUGGAGCUGGGGUGAUGCGCAACGACAAGCGUUCAAUGAUCUUAAGAUCAUGCUGUUAUCCAGUGCGACACUUGCUUACCAUCAACCUGACGCAUACACCGAAAUCUUUACUGAUGCAUCCCCUGUUGGGCUUGGCGCAGUUAUAAUGCAACGUCAGCCAGAUGGUAUCUUAAAACCAAUUGGAUAUGCCAGUCGCUCACUACUAAAUGCAGAAACAAGAUAUAGCCAGAUUGAAAAGGAGUGCUUGGCUAUCCUAUUUGCAAUAGAGCGGUUUCGAAUCCAUCUUUAUGGUAUAGAAUUUGUUGUUAAAACCGACCACAAGCCGCUAGUGACAAUGUUCUCUUCUCGUAGGAAACAGCUUCCACCACGCAUUGAACGCUGGGUUAUGAGACUCAUGCCAUACGCAUUCAAGGUUGAGUAUCACCCAGGCAGAACCAAUGGAGCAGAUUACCUGUCACGGUCAAACCCGAUGCAAGACAAUACACCAUCGCACCGAAUGACUGAGGAAUUUGUCAACUUUAUUCAAAGUAAACAGCUACCAGUUGCCAUACCAAAGAAAGACAUUCGUGAUGCACAGAAUGAUGAUCCUGCCAUUGCCCUCAUUAAGAAACACCUUGCAUCUGGAACCAUUCCAAAAUUGGAUGUUAUUAAAGAGUAUUAUCCCUCACGUUUGCAACUAUCCAUUGUCAAUGACAUUCUCAUGUUUGCCAACAAAAUUGUCAUCCCGCCAACUCUGCGAGAAAGCAUCAUCUCCAUUGCACAUGAAGGACAUCAGGGACAAGUACGCACAAAACAACGUCUGCGGAAAAAAGAAUGGUGGCCACGCUUGGGCUCCUCGGUUGAAGCCCACAUUAAGUCAUGUCAUGGAUGUCAAGUCACCGCUGGUGCACAAAUCAAAACUCCAGUAGUAAUGACAGAAAUACCUGAUUCAGCUUGGUUGAUGUUGGGUUGUGACCUUUGCGGUCCGUUCCCUACUGGUGAACACCUGCUAGUAUGCAUUGAUUAUUACAGCAGAUAUCCCGAAGGUAGAGAUUAUCCGCCGAAUAACUGCUGCUAA